AUGUCGGCAAAUAAUUCUGAUAGUGAUAGACUGAAAGAAAGUUUGAAUUUAAAAAGAAAUAUAGAUAAUGAUCGCUCCAGUGAUGUCGAGAGAAGUUCAGAAAAAUUAAACGAAGUUUGUUUCGAAGAUGCAUUCGAGUUGACUGGUCACGGCAAGUUCAAUCACCUGGUACUGCUGACAUGUGGUCUGAUCAUGCUAAACGUGUCUAUGGAGUCUGUCGGUAUGAGCUACGUCAUUACAGCUGCAGAAUGUGAACUGGAGCUGACGAGUGAGCACAAGGGCCUGUUGAAUGCUGCUGCGUUCAUUGGUAUUAUAAGCACAUCAUUUCUUUGGGGAUACCUGGGUGAUCGAUUCGGCCGACGGGCGGUGAUGCUGCCAUCAAUGAUAGCGUCUGCCGCUCUAUCUAUUACCUCAUCAUUCUCAACUAAUGUGUGGAUGCUACUAAUUUUGCGGAUACUUACGGGCUGUUUGGUGUCAGCAUCAAGCGCGACAGUGUAUGCCUAUCUUGGUGAAAUGCACACUGGAUCCCGUAGGGCGGCAGCUAUAGCUUGGGGAUCAGCCUUCAUAUCCUUCUCAUUUAUUAUUCUACCAGGUCUUGCCUGGAUCAUAAUUCCAGGCCAAUGGUCCUGGACGAUCAGUGGCUUCAGGAUAGUACCUUGGCGAGCCUUCAUAUGGUCAUGGUGUGCCCCUGGUCUCAUAGCUUCGGUGUUCCUGUUCUGGCUGCCAGAAAGUCCGAGAUACCUAUUGUCUGCUAAAGGUCCAGACGCCGCAAUGCCAGUAUUGGCGAAAAUGUAUGCGUACAACAAAAAUGCUGGAAAGGAUAAUUUUCCCGUAGAGAAAAUUGUUACAAGCAGCAUAGAAUCGAGGUCUGGUGGUUUCGUUGGAGCUGUGAGGAACAUUUCCUUACUUUUCAGACCACCACUGCUUAAAUGUGUCUUCAUAUCACACAUAUCAAUGUUCGCCGUCUUUAUGCUCUCAAGCGGUUUGUACGUGUGGGUACCAGAUAUACUAAAUAACAUGCUCAGUGAUACAAGCGAAAAGAGCAUAACUAUUUGUGAAAUUAUACACAAUAAGUUUCAAGCGUCGAGGAAUACUUCAUUGGAAGUAAGCCAUGGCUCAUGCAAGGCCCACGUAACGACAAGUGUCUUCUCUAUAUCAAUGGGUAUGGGUGCAGUGUUUGCUGUCACCUACCUGGCUAUAGGACUCUUCAUCACUAGGGUUGGAAGAAAGACGUUCUAUUGUUGCAUAAUGUUCGUGUGCGGACUCGCCACUAUUGGUGCAGCAUUUGUACCACAAGGUGGCGCUGCAACGGCGCUACUAAUUCUGGCUCUAUGCGCGGGAUGCGCUGCUUCUAUUCUCGCCGCUAUUGCUGUUGACGUGUUUCCAACAUGUUUGAGAGCGAUGGCUAUGUGCGUAAUGUACAUGGUGGGUCGAACAGGAGCGGCCGUGGGUUCGAACAUCCUCGGUGCCACGCUGGACAGGCACUGCCAACUUGCGUUCAGCGUAUUUGGCGUAUUCACUGCUGGUUCAGUGAUACUUAUGAUAUUUUGGCCGAAACCAGAAAAAAUACGCGAAGAAAUGGAACGCAAGGGAUUAAAUUACUAA